GAACAGCAAUAAAAGUGUCAAUCAUGUAAUCAAGAAAAAUUUAAAUCGUUAGCCAACAAAUGGGGGGAAUUUUUUCCCUCAGUCAUAAACGAGGGUCUCAUGGUAAUGAUAUAAUGUCAAAGCUCCAGGGAAUGAAAUGUAAAGGCCACGACAGCGUCACGUGCCAGCGACAGUCAAGAAUCCAACCUCGAUCCCAGGAUCUCUCUCCUGUCGCUUAAACGAGGUUGCAAAGGAUCUCGUUUUGACGUCCAAAUUUACCUGUCAACCUUCUGUCAAAAGAAAACCCCAUUUACGAAUGAUUUAGCUUCAUAACAUAAAUUUCUUUACUUAUCAGUCGCUGCAAUGUAUUUAAAAACUGAUAAGUCGGUAUUUCAAUCAUCGACCGCUCGAGGGAGAUUGCAUAACUUUGACAUAGGAUAUCUUUUACGCUUAUUAAAACUAAAGCAAUUCUUCACACGUUGGAGACCUCGUCAUUGCCACAGGGUGACAACAAGAGAAGCUUUGUCGCUACAACUUUGUUCAGUAGUUGACUGUGUUGACAAAAGUUCAUGGCAAUGUCUUGUAAAGUGCUUCUCGGGUUUUUGCUGUUAACUGGGUUAUGCAUUUCCGUUACUGCUGUGGCGAGACGUUCAAGCCGAUUUCGUGCGGCUGUUGCUGCAGAAGCUCUCAAGAUCCCUGCUCCUAAGGUAACAGCAGAGAAAAUGAUGAAAUACUUCCUUCGCCGUGAAGGCAGUCUUGUCACUUCAAGAUCCAAGCGACAAGCUUCAAAUGGAGCAGCCAAUUCAACCAACAACGUCAUCUAUGUUAUCGACUCCUCGAACUCGAUUCGCGCAGAAAAUUUCAAGAAGGGACUCGAUGCCCUGGUUUAUCUCACAGAGAGAGCCGACCCCAAAACUCUCUACGCUGUCGUCAAUUUUGCCACGGAGGCCACUGUUCUAACUCCCAAGUUCAUUUCUUAUAACGAAACGAUAGCUCUAUUGCCGACUGUCAAACGAAAGGCCGGUCUCACAAAUACCCAGGAGGCAUUGCAGGUGUGCAAGGACAAGCUGUUUGGGAACUCGCGUUCUGGUUUCGAUCCAGAAGGCUAUAAAAACGUUCUGCUUGUCACGGAUGGCUUGUCCAACAUGGGAAAAGAUAUGACCCUGUUUAAAGCUUUCAGUUUGAAGAACGAUGGUGUUGAGAUAUUUGUGGUGGCUGUGGGCGGCUUUUCGUUUGGCAUUCAAGAGAUCAUUGGUCUAGCGUCUUCAACAGACAGGCAUAUUUUUCGCGUGAGGAAUUUUGACGGACUCAUUGAAGUUGCCCUUUUCAUUCCUGGCUGGAAAUAAAGACACCGGACACAAAACAAGUCUUAGACAACAGACCUUUAGCCAGGAGAAGAUCAGGAUGUUUUUUUCCACUGUAAUAAUUCCCAAACUAUUUUCUCGAGAGCAUCUAUAUGUCUUCAGAACUGAAAAGUCUGAAUUCUUCAGACUGUUAAUUCUUUUGGCAUCCCUUAUCAUCGUUUGUUUGCUUCUCCGUUUAAGAGCGGCAGCAUAGCAUAAUUUAUGACUGAUCAAUUUGAUUUUGAGCAGGAUUUAUUGAGAGAUCUAUCACCAGUGUAAAAAAAUUUAUGUCUACGUGGUCUUAAGCUCGAGAGAGGCAGAGGUUUGAAACACUCGUCUCCUCUGCUCGGCAUGUUCCUAGCGGAAUAACCUGAUAUCUAAACAGUUUUUGAACUAUGCACUCAAUAGCAACAUUUUCGUUUAGUUUUUAUUUUAAAUGAAUUACAAAGCAUUGAUAAAAGUAGGCAGAAUGUGAGUUUUGCUUUGACUAAGUCUUAUUUGUAAGUGACACUACUGAUUUCCACAGGUGUGGCUGAACGUUUGAUGCAUAACCAUUAAUUCUAUUUUUCAGAACUCUUCAAUUUUUCCCCUAAUUUAAUUUCUCCUAAAAAG